AGACCUAAGCAUGAACAACAUCAGCCGGCUGCAGCCCAGUGCUCUCCAUCACCUGCGCUUCCUGGAGGAGCUACGCCUCUCUGGAAACCAGAUCUCCAGGAUCCCAGGGGAAGCUUUCUCUGGCCUCUACAGCCUGAAGAUCCUGAUGUUGCAGAACAAUCAACUGAAUCGCAUCCCUGCAGAGGCACUGAGGGAUCUUCCAAGCCUCCAGUCUCUACGCCUGGAUGCAAACCUCAUCUCCGUGGUGCCCGAAAAGAGCUUUGAGGGGCUGCUCUCACUGCGUCACCUGUGGCUGGACGAUAACGCCCUGACCGAGAUCCCUGUCCGAGCCCUGAACCAUCUGCCGGCGCUGCAAGCCAUGACCCUGGCGCUCAACCAGAUCUGGCACAUUCCCGAUUUCGCCUUCCAGAACCUCAGCAGCCUCGUGGUGCUGCACCUGCACAACAACCGGAUCCAGACCCUGGGAGCCAAGGGCUUUGAUGGGCUGCACAGCUUGGAAACCCUGGAUCUAAACUACAAUGAGCUGUUGGAAUUCCCUGGGGCGAUCAGGACGCUGGGCCGACUGCAGGAGCUCGGUUUUCACAACAACAACAUCAAAGCUAUUCCAGAGAAUGCAUUUGUUGGGAAUCCCCUUCUCCAAACAAUCCAUUUUUAUGACAAUCCCAUCCAGUUUGUUGGACAGUCUGCUUUCCAGUACUUGCCAAAGCUCCACACUCUGUCGCUCAAUGGUGCAACGGACAUCAGAGAAUUCCCAGACCUUAAAGGCACCACCAGCCUAGAAGUUUUGACCCUGACCCGGGCAGGCAUCCUCUUCCUUCCCAGAGGGAUGUGCCAGCAGCUGCCCAGCCUCCGAGUCCUAGAGCUGUCGCACAACCACAUCGAAGAUCUGCCCAGUUUCCACCAGUGCCAGCAGCUGGAGGAGCUUGGUCUCCAGCACAACAGGAUCCAUGAGAUCAGAGCAGACACCUUUGUGCAGCUGAUGGCCCUGCGCUCCAUUGACCUGAGCUGGAACCACAUUCGGUUUAUUCACCCUGAAGCCUUUGUGACCCUGCACUCACUCACCAAGCUGGACCUGACUGAUAACCAGCUGGUCACACUGCCUCUGGACGGUCUGGGGGGACUGACCCAUCUGAAGCUCCAAGGCAACCCAGCUCUCUCCGAGCCCUUCACCAAGGAGAGCUUCCCCAAAAUGAGGGUCCUCGAGGUACCUUACGCCUACCAGUGCUGCGCCUAUGGAAGCUGCAGCAGCUUCUUCAAGAUGUCCAACCAGUGGGAGGCAGAAGACAUGAGCCCAGAGGAGGAGGAUGCCCACAAGAGGACCAUGGAAUUGUUUCCAGGUCAUGCUGAUAACCACUAUGACCCAGAUGCAGAUGACCUCCAGUCGGACCUUGAGGAAUCAAAGCUGCACCCCACUAUUCAGUGCACGCCAAGCCCCG